AUGGCCCAUACUCUGAGUUGGGAGGCUGAGAUGAAUGUUCCUGCAAAUCAAAUGUAUAAGGCCUUUGAGAAUUCUGCAAGUAUUUUCCCGAAGCUGAUGCCCAAGCAUUUCAAAAGCAUUGAUGUACUCGAGGGAGAUGUCAUUAACCCUGGCACUAUUGGACUCAUUAAAUAUGGAGAAGGGUUUCACUUGGCAACUUACAAAUUGGAGAAAAUAGAAUCCUUGGAUGAGGUGAACCUGACCAUCACUCACACCGUGCUGAAUGGACAGAUAAUGAAUAAAUACAAGACAUACAAGCUGACUUUGAAGGUAAGCCCUGGAGUCACAUCAGGCAAUUGCAUCGUGAAGUGGAUUAUUGAGUAUGAACCGACUCAUGAAGAUGAGGUUGUACACCCAGAGAAUGCCAAGGAAACUGCUAUACACACCUUCAAGGUCUUGGAACAAUAUCUGCUCUCCAACCCACUUCCAGUGGCUUAG